AUGAAGUCAGAUUUUGAUUUGGAGCUUUUUUGGUUAAAUGAUCAAAUGUUUGUUGCAGUUUACUUUGAGACUUAUGGACAUCAUUGCUACACCAAAGAGCCAAUAACAGAUUUGGAUGAUAUAUCUUAUAUAUAUUUACAUGAUUAUAUUACAAUCCACCAUUUGUUUAGUGAUUUAACCAGAGAAGUAUAA